UUUUUUGAACACGGUAACUAGAUUUCUCAUCUACCAAAUCUCACGUUUUGGACAAAAUUUAACUUUAUUGUUGGAGCUAAAUAAGGUAACUAUCAAAAAGGUGAUCAGAACGAAGUGGUAAAAAAAAAAAAAAAAAAAAAAAAAAUCUGGCCAAAGGCACUUUUUUUGUAGCUUGUGAAUAUUUUAUUUGUCAUUAAGUGUUUCCGCACAAUCACGCCCACGUUUGUUAGAAGCACUAAUUAUUCAGAUUGCUCUUGGACAUUGUAAAUAGCCGUCAUUCCUCUAGUCUCCACAGUUCUGUAGAAAAGCAGCGCCUGGUGUCCCGUGUAAAUGUCUCCACUCCAAACUGCCACAGGAGAUUGUUCACCAGUCGUGUUUCAGUAACGGGGCUGUUUUUUUUAAAAAAUCGCCCGUUCUCUUUUUGGAACGUAAAAAAAAAAAAUCCACUGAGGACAACGAAGAGUCGGUAAAGGAAUUACACAUCUCCCGUCGCCAAAACUGGAUUACUAGACUGCUCAGAUUGCAAACGAUUCACCAUAGAGGAGGAGAGAAAUUGGACUGGACAGGAUCACACGAAUAUGUCAAGCGGACGUGGAAUGUGCUACCGUUUCAAUUAAAACGAGGCUGUCAUUCCAAACCAAUGGUCUAAAUGUGUCCUAGACAGCAACGUCACUACACCGCUGAUCCCGAGUCUUAACAUGAAAAUAUAAGGAAUGAAGCCUUUAGGGAUGUUUCUACCACAAGGAUUAAUCUGUGCUGCUUUCAGAAGAAGUGUAAUGGCUUCAAGACAUUGUAUAUUUGCCAUCACUUUCCUGUUUUGUUUUAUGCAAGUUCCUGUAGAGGCAAGUUCUUGGUGGUCUCUGGCUAUGAACCCUGUUCAAAUACCAGAGGUUUAUAUCAUAGGCGCGCAGCCACUGUGCAGCCAGUUGGCAGGACUUUCCCAAGGGCAGAAGAAGCUAUGUCAGCUGUAUCAGGAUCAUAUGCAAUAUAUUGGAGAGGGAGCAAAGACUGGGAUCAAGGAAUGUCAAUAUCAAUUCAGACACAGACGCUGGAACUGCAGUACUGUGGACAACACCUCCGUCUUUGGAAGAGUCAUGCAAAUAGGGAGUCGUGAAACCGCCUUCACGUACUCGAUCAGUGCUGCAGGAGUGGUGAAUGCAGUGAGUCGUGCCUGCAGAGAGGGGGAGCUCUCUACCUGUGGCUGCAGCAGGGCAGCAAGACCCAAGGACCUGCCUCGUGAUUGGCUGUGGGGUGGCUGUGGCGACAACCUGGACUAUGGCUUCAGAUUCGCUAAGGAAUUUGUUGAUGCCCGAGAACGAGAAAAGAUCUACCAGAAAGGGUCAUACGAGAGCGCCAGGACGUCUAUGAACUUGCAUAACAAUGAAGCAGGGAGGAGGACUGUGUAUGAUCUUGCUCACGUGUCCUGUAAGUGUCACGGUGUUUCUGGAUCCUGCAGCCUAAAGACAUGUUGGCUACAGCUGGCAGACUUCCGUAAAGUUGGGGAUGCUCUGAAAGAGAAAUAUGACAGUGCUGCUGCCAUGAAGCUCAAUACCAGAGGCAAACUGGUGCAGGUCAACAACAGAUUCAACCCACCGACCAACUACGACCUUGUUUAUGUGGACCAGAGCCCUGAUUACUGUGUGAGGAAUGAGAGUACAGGCUCUUUGGGGACCCAAGGGAGGCUUUGCAACAAGACUUCAGAGGGCAUGGACGGCUGUGAGCUGAUGUGCUGUGGAAGGGGCUACGAUCAGUUCAAAGCACAAGUGGUUGAGAGAUGCCACUGCAAGUUUCACUGGUGCUGCUACGUGAAGUGCAAGCGAUGCACGAAAAUCGUGGACCAGUUUGUGUGCAAAUAAUAUACACUCUAACAGAGGAACCAGAACUAUAUAAAUUAUAUUUAUAGAGUUAAACAAUUAUCAUACCGGUGCAAAGAUUGAAAAACCGUUCAUGUCGCAGAUUAAAAUGAAAACUUGUCUGCAGGAAAUGGAGAAUAUCAUGAAAAUAUUUAUUUACGAAGAGACUAAACAUGAUUCUCAACCUACAAAUGGAUUUUGUUUUGUUUUGUUUAAAUACAGUAGGUGCCUAGACCUGUGAAAUAGGUACUUAAGCUUCAUACAUUUAAGGAAGAUGCUUGUAUUGGGAACAUUUCAACUGAAACCAACACAUUUUGUAAUAUGGUUUGUAUCCAUUAUCAGAAUGCACACAUUCCAGAUUGCAAUAGGCUUUCUUUCUCCUCAUAGCUAUCUAUUUAGCUAGAUGCAACGCCAUACAUAAUGGGCUUAAAAAAAUUACUACUCAUUUUCCAUUGAGCAAGGACAUGAUUUAAGUGGGGAAAAUGUCGCUAAUAAGGUAGUCUGCUGGGACCAAUAUGCUUUGCAGUUAAAAUAUCCAUGCUUUAAUUGCAGCCUUAACCAGAGGACCAAUAAUUCACAUUACUGUAUUGGGGGAGGUGGGUUGUCAUCUGUCUCAAUGGAUCGCCUGUCCUUGGCAAUGUCUUCAGUCUUUUCCCCCUGUAUACCUUGAAAGAGGGAAGGGUGCACCAUUGGAAAUGAUGCUGUCAGAAAAGGGUACUUGAGAGCAGUGCUUUGGAGGCAUUGGUGCCACUAUUUAGAAAACAAUACAGUUUGUAUCCAUUUCCAUGGAUGACUUCUACAAAAUGAGAUUGCAGUGCCGGUCCGGUUGCAUUUAGUAUUCACACUGUCAUUUUUCAUGACCAUUGCAAGGCAAAGUAAAAUAACAUUGUUUUUAGUUAUAUAUAAUAUAUAUUUUUCCAUAUUAAUACAAGUAUUCACUAAAGUUGUAAGAUCAUACCUGAACGGUUUAGCUAUAUAUGGGCAAGGUGUGUGGUUUUGUUUUUUGGUGUCUAAUAGCCCAGGCUCUGUAUAUACUACUUCUAUACAAUCAGUGAUUUAAAUUGUAUGUAUUUAUUUACACUUCUGUAAAACAGAUUCUCUUUUAAUCUUAUCUCUAUCAACAUUGUUUUGACUUGGUUUACUUUUGUUUGUUUGUUUGUUUUAAGACAACCAGAUACUUGCAGGUGUCACUGUGCAUGCUUGGAGCACUUCAGUUGAAUACAACAGCAUGGCUAACAAUGUGUUCUUGUUUUGAUGGAUGGAUUGCUAAUACAGUACUAACUUCCCUGCUUCAUGUUUUCUAUUGUUUUACCUUUUCAUUUUCAGUUCCUCACUCUGGGUUUUGGUAUAAGGGAAUUCACAUUAGUUUGAGCACAUUGCAAAUUGCACAUAUUCCCUGCCCAACACGUCACACAUCAAUACAGCAUGUUCACACUCACCUUUGAUACCAAUGUGUCUGGGAAGAAAUGGGUAAAAUUCACGACACUGUCUAUUUAUGUACUGUAUACCAACCGUUAUGCUCUUGAUUUUACAGUUUAUUCAUAGUUAAAGCACAGUUUAAUAAACAUCUGUAUAGAUAUAAGGUUGCUUUUAAACAAUUAAAAAAUCAUGUUUUUUUAAUUGUACAUAUUUCUUUGUCAAGCAUGAUGUGUAAAUUAAAUGGUGCAAACGAGAUCUGUUGUGUCACUUUGCUGUUUUGUACAAAUAAAGUUAAGGUAGAAAGACUGAGAAGAUAUGUUACUUGAACAUUAGAAAUAUUUUUUGGUGCUAGGCUACCCUAGAAUCGACU